CUCGUGUGCGUCUCUCUGCUCGCUUUGCCUUUCAUUCGUAUCAGCGACUUCGUGUGCAUUGGACGUUUAACGCGAUUUAAAAGACGAGCGAGGAAUUUUCAAUUGCAAAAAACAGAAUCCACUUUGCACCGGUAUUUACGCGCGCGCGUCUUUUUGCAAACUAUUUAAAACGCAAAAAUAUAAACUGCUGUCCAAUUCCACUUAAUUUGCCAGUGCAUAAUUAAGGCUUGUCUGCACUUGUUCUCGAGAGACCUGCGUGUGCCUGUUCUGUGCCUGUGUGUAUUUGUGUGUGUGUAUCCUUACAUCCUCGCCUCUGUCCCCGCCAUCGACGACGCCUUUGCACAGGGUGUGGUGUAUCAUACGAAAUUCCAGCGCACUGUAAUACAGUUUAAAAACAACAAAAAAUGUCUAUCUCCUCGAAUGCGUCCUCUGCAUCGCGGAACGGCAGCGUCGAUGAUAGCACGACAACAACAACCACGGAUAGUUCAGAGCUGACGCACAUUUUGAAUAGACGACAGGAGAUCAUAGACUCCCAAGAGGCUGGCAUCGAGGUGCCGCGCACCUUUAAGGUGGUCAAUGUCUACACCGAAUUCCACGAGUUUUCGCGCAAGCAAAUCAAGGACUAUCAAAAGACCUUCAAUACUUAUGAUACGGCUAGGGAUGGUUUCUUGGAUCUCAAUGAGCUCAAAUAUAUGAUGGAGAAGCUGGGCGCACCGCAAACCCAUUUGGGAUUGAAGAAGAUGAUAGCCGAGGUGGAUGAGGAUCACGAUGGAAAGAUCUCGUUCCGUGAGUUCUUGCUGAUCUAUCGCAAGGCGCAGGCCGGUGAGCUGGACAGUGAAUCGGGUCUGAAUCAGUUGGCGCGCCUCACCGAGAUCGAUGUGGAGCAGGUGGGUGUAAGCGGCGCCAAGAACUUCUUUGAAGCGAAGAUCGAACAGCAGCUGCGCACAAAUAAAUUCCAUGACGAGAUCAGGCAGGAGCAGGAGGACAGACGUCGCGAGGAGGAGGAGCGUGCACAGCGACGUCAGCAGUUCCAGCAGCGUGCUGCAAUCUUUCAAUAAAGCAGUAAUCGAAACGAUUUCUUUAUAUAUAUAUACAUAAACUUUAUAAUUUGUAGUCUAGCACGUAAUCCCUGUGGCGUAGGUUAAACAAAUGCGUGACAUUUCGGAGAAUUUUUUUGAUAUCACAUCACAUCAUAGCAUUAACUAAUCUUUCA